GAUUGAUGUUAUUGACGGAGAGAGAGAGAGAGAGAGAGAGAAGGGAAAUAAAAUAAAAGAAAAGCAGUCUCUUUCUAAAGAUCUUUACUUUACCCGGUACGUGCUUUAUACAAGUAUAAAUAAGAAUACACUGAUAUCAACUUGGUGGUAAGUUUAUGUAUGUUUAUUCCAUUUUCUAGUUCAAGGCCUAUAGUAAAUCAAAUUAAUUUUAUUUAAUAGUAUUUAACGAUAUAAAGAGCGUUAUUCUCAACCAAAAUCAACCUAUAUAAACUAUAUACAGUAAUUAGAGUGUUUAUACGAAAAAAGAUCAUAUUUUUAACAAUUCAAUCGAAAUGAAAAUGUUAUUUAUUUGCUUCUUUUGUAUUAAUGUUUUUGACAUUUUUACUUUUUCAUUCUAGUUUCUUCUCUUCUUUUUUCUUUUUCUUUUUUCUUUUUUUCAAUUUUAGAACUUUUUUUCUUUUUUGAAUAGAAAAUUGAAAAAGGAAAAGAAAGGUCGAGUCUAGACUGAAGACUCCUUAACAAACACUCGACGAAAUCUGUUAAAAUCAACUCUGUUGGAUAGGCCUAUUCACUUUUUUUUUCUAUUUCAUUAAUAUUCCAAACGGACGUUUCUCACACUGGAUAGGCCCGGAUAGACAUCACGCAAUUUUGUAAUUUUGAAUUGGAAACAACAGCAUAUAAUACUGUAAUACGGACAAACAUACAGUAUAUAUACCAUUAUAUAUAUACAUAUAUCUAGAUAAUAGAUAUAUAGAUACAAACAUAUAUUCUAUGUAUAUGUAAAGAAGCUUGUGGAAUAAGAACACAGGUGUUAGUCAUCAAGCCUCGAAUAUAAACAAGAAAGGAAAAAAAAAGAGAGAAAGAACGUAAAAAUUCUCCUCUCGUCCUCAUUCUCCUCGCCUGCAAUUUUAUUUUCAUCAACUUUACAUUUACCAGUUUUUUCUGUGUAUGCUUUAAAUGAGAGAAAUAAUGAAAAAUUUGAAAAGGAUUGAACCACCAAAUUUUGCCAAGUUUCUCAGACAACCACCACCUAAACCUCCUUGGUUGAAUAGCAGUAUUUCUAUGAAGUGUAACGCUUCUAUGACUCGUUAUAAUUACCCAACAGAAGCGAACAAUAAGGAUUAUGUUCAAACGACUAUUGAUCCGUCUCAAAGAAUGAGCACGAUCGAUUUUACCUACAUAGAAAAAUCGACGGCUAUUAAUCAAGAAACAACAGCUAAAAGUCUUGAUUUAAUUGAAAAUACUGGAGAUGAGGAAACCGAAUUAACUUCAACAAAAUCUUCUAGUCAUAACAAUCUACAACCAAUUAAAAGCAAUCACCAACCGCAAUUAGCAUCACCAAAGCGUUACGUAGCCAAUGGUCUAAGGAAGCAUUUAGAGGAUGGGUGUCAACCUGCGUUUUAUGUUUAUAAUGAAACUACAGGAACACAUCACGCUGAAGAGAAAUUGAAUUGGGAAAAGGUUGGAAUUAAUAAUGGAAACUUAUUUAAUUCAUCAUUAAAUGAGGCAAUUGUCGAUAAAAAUGGGUAUUAUAUUUCUUCAGUAUGUAUCGCUACUGUAGCUCAGAGCAUUGGUUAUGUUGCUCACGAUGGCUCGUUUGGAGGAGAUAGAAUUGCUGUUGAUGGAAGAUUAAUUACUGGAACUGCAACGGCAAGUAGAGUUUCUGUUGCAAGAAUAUCAAGUUCCCAAAAAGUACAUAUCAAAGCCUUUCAAAAUACUUCGAUAACCUUCGCGGACAGUUCUUCCAAAGCUACAUCUUGGCUAAUGUUUUAUUACAAGACUGAAAAUGUAUUUUAUGGGAGAUACACUGGAAUGGACCGUAACAGCUACUUACUGUUUCACGACAUAGUUGCAAACCAAAAUAUUGGAUAUUUUGGCAAAACUAUUCGGAUUACAGAAAAGGGCUUAUAUUUUAUUAGCAUAUCUAUCGAUAUUGAAAAAGGUCCAAGCUCUAAGGUUAAUCUCUUUCGAAACAGGAAUGAAUACUCUAAUGGACAAGUAGGAUUUGGCUCCGCUUCAGGGUCAGUUUACACCAAAAUUCUUUCAAAGUCGUGGAUUAUUUAUUUAGAUAAAAAUGAUGAAAUAUCAUUCAAAGGAAACGGAAAUAGGCCCAUUUUAAAGGAACAUAGUUCAUUAGCUUUAUUUCAAAUAGAAAAAGACUCAGCAUUACCCGCAAUGAACCGCUUUAGUAAUGAGGUAACUGACACAAAAUUCCUUGAUUUUCCUGUCAGAGAUGCUGAAAUAGGAAAUCAUUGGAAUUCAAGAGAUCAUGCGUACGAAGUAUGGACAGAAGGCGUCUACUUUCUGACGUUAACUGUUGAUGCUCAACCCUCUUCAAGAUUGAGUAUAGAUAUCAUGAUAAACGAAACUAUAGCGGGAAAACUUUUUCACGGUAGUAGAUCGUUUUCGGGUACACAUGCCGUAACAAAAACAAUGCUGUUGAGGCUGGAAAAGGGUGAUAAACUACAAUUUGUUAUUGAUAGCGGAUUGACCAGAAAUACUAGAUUAUUCUAUACUGGCUUUACUAUUUUUUAUGCAAAUAUAAGAGAAAAUGGCUAUUACAUUUCGGCUGUAACCUCCUCAACUACAACAUCUAAAACACUUUCUUUGGAGCAUGUUGGAGCGUUUGGAGGUGACCGAAUAGAUGUUAAUGGGACUUUUAAUGAAGGAGUGUCAAUGACCAGCAGAAUUUCUGUCGCAAAAGUAACCUCUAAUAGAGACGUUUUUCUAACUACUCGUGGUAAUAAUUCAAUAGCAUACAGUGACGGAUCAUCAAAAGCUUUAUCGUGGGCAAUGUUUCGAUAUCCAACCAACAAUAUAUUCUAUGGGAGAUAUACAGGCAUGAAUAGUCGACGGGUAAUUUUCAAUGAUGUUCAAGCUCUGGAAGGUAUAGGUUAUGAUACAUUAACCCCUAGAAUUAUCGAAGAUGGUGUUUACUUUAUUAGUAUUUCUAUUGGAAUUGAAAAAUACGAAACAUCUUAUGAAGUAACCCUAACAAUUUCGAACUCACAAAAUACAGGGUUUUCUAGUAAAAUAUUAUUUGGAUAUUCAAAACAGUCUAGUAAUAGCCAGGUCGUGUCCAAAUCUUGGGUACUCGAAUUGAAGAAAAAUGAUCGAAUUUCAGUCUCAUCUUCAAAUGCAGUUGGUUCAAAAUUAUUGGGAUCUCUGACGGUGUUUAAAAUAGACGCUGAUAUUGAAAGGCCUGCAUUCAGUGCCUACUCUUUAUAUAGAUGGCGUGGUGCAAUGGAAUUAGACGCAAUUCCGUUUAAAAACAUUUAUUACCAGAUUGGAAAUUUCUGGAAUAAUGCUGACAACACUUAUGAAGUAUGGGCAAGUGGGAUAUAUUUUCUAAGUUUAAGUGCCGGGUCGAGCAUAUCUGAGAAAUUGGAAAUAGAUAUUCUUGUGAACAGAAAAAGCCAGGGACUCUUUUUAACUUAUGAGAACAGAAUGAACUGGUCAGGCAGCACCUUAACUCACUCUCGAACCAUGCUAAUUAAAUUAAAUAAGGGAGAUAUUCUUCAAUUUCUGGUAACGAGAAAUUCAGCAUUGCAAAAUACAUUUGAUGUAACAAGUUUCUCUUUAUUUUAUCUUUCAAAAACUUAA